AUGUAUUUCGAGCCCGACUGUUUCCGAGUGUACACUUCACAUGCCUUGGCCGAGGGUGUCUUGGGGUGGUUUUUCCCGGCCGAAGACACGGAUUUGAGAGAUAUAAAUGGUCUUGAGGACUACUGGCAUGACACCUGGAUUCUUGAAACAUUCGCAACGUCAUUAUUUGAGGACCGGCCGGUCACUAUAUUACUCGAAUUAACGACCGUGCGCUUGUGUACCUGCAACCCUACUGAGCAGCAGUCCGUGUGCCCCGCAUUCAUCCCCAAUCAUCCAAAACACCCCGCCCAGCCCUUGACCGCCGCAACCUACCCACUCUUCCUCAAAACUCACGCUAUACUUUCAUCUGCCAUUGAACUCUUCGUUGCUGGUGCUGCCGGUGGUAUUGGACAGCCGUUGUCGCUGCUCCUCAAGGCCUGCCCCCUCAUCACUGAAUUGGCUCUAUACGAUGUCGUCAACACGCCCGGUGUCGCAGCCGAUCUCUCUCACAUCUCCUCUCCAGCGAAAAUCACUGGGUACCUUCCCAAGGAUGAUGGUAUGAAGCAGGCUUUUAAGGGUGCUGAGCUCGUUGUAAUUCCAGCUGGCAUUCCAAGAAAGCCUGGUAUGACCCGUGACGACCUGUUCAAGAUCAACGCUGGCAUUGUCCAAGGUCUCGUGCAAGGUAUCGCCGAGAUCUGCCCCAAGGCUUUCGUCCUCAUCAUCUCCAACCCUGUCAACUCCACCGUCCCAAUCGCUGCCGAGGUCCUCAAGCGCGCAAACGUUUUCGACCCUACCAGACUCUUCGGUGUUACCACCCUUGAUGUUGUCCGUGCCGAGACCUUCGUCGGUGAGAUCGUUGGCUCAAAGAACCCAUCAGAGCUUGUGAUCCCUGUUGUGGGCGGUCACUCCGGCGAGACCAUCGUCCCUCUCUUCAGCCAAGCUCAACCGUCCGUAGAUAUUCCUGCUGAUAAGCUCGAUGCUCUCAUCAACCGCGUUCAGUUUGGCGGUGACGAGGUCGUAAAGGCCAAAGACGGUGCCGGCUCAGCGACUCUCUCCAUGGCAUACGCUGGCUUCCGCUUCGCCGAGAAGGUAGCAAAGGCCGUCAAGGGAGAGUCUGGCAUAAUCGAGCCAUCAUACGUCUACCUGCCCGGCAUCGAGGGUGGCGAAGCUAUCCAGAAAGCCGUCGGUGUUGACUUCUUCUCCGUUCCUAUCGAGCUCGGCCCCAACGGUGCCAAGAAGGCAAUCGACAUUGUCAGCAAGGCUAACGACGCCGAGAAGAAGCUUCUUUCGGUUGCCGUGGAAGGUCUCAAGGGCAACAUCGAGAAGGGUGUCGAAUUCGUUCGUAACCCACCCCAAAAGUGA